AUGGUAGGUAAUGAUAUCCUUUUUACAAGAUUAGGACGUGUGCAAAUCAUUGAGAAGUUGAGUGAGAUUUUUCCCUUUUCUAGGGAUGUCAUUUCUGACAUUUUUGAUGACAUCUUCAUUGACAUUAUAGAAGAUUUAGAACAAAAAAGAAAUCAAGAUCUUACUGAUGUUGAUUUAAAGUUUUCUGAAUAUUUAGAUCUGAUGAUAGAGACACUCUGUUUUAUGUCAUAUACAGAUGAUUACUCUAAAAAAUCAGAUUCUUAUUUAGAUAUAUGUGAAAGAUUUAAAAAUUAUAGAGUUUUUUUGAAAAAAAGUUUGAAUAUGUUGAGUUCAAGUUUAGAAGGGGAUAAUAAUGUAAAGUCUUCUACUUCAAAGAGCUUUUCAAAAAUCCUUAUUCCAAAAUAUCCUUGGGACUUAAAGAAAAUUGAAAAUUUAUAUGUUAAAGAGAAUUUUGAUAUCUUGAAGCUAUUUUUACUAAAUGUCCAAAAUUACAGUGGUUUUUAUAGAGUUAAGGAAUCUAAAGAUAAAAUAUGGCCACCAUCGGGACCAGGUAAUGAAUGUUAUAGUAUAACAAUUAGAGAAGUUGGAAUAGAUAAGGGUAAUAGUACAAGAUCUGAAGAAGAUAACCAACUACUAAAGGAUAUGGAAAAUAAUAUUAAAGAUUUAAUAAUAAGACGUCAAGAUAAGAAGUUUGAAUUAAACAGUAUUUUAGCAAGAUCACAAAUAAAAGAAUAUAAUAUAAUGAAAAUUGAAGAUAACAGGAAGAUUAUUGAUAAUAUUAAUACCAAAAUAGUAGAGACACGUUUAGAAUAUUGCUCCACUCUAUUUAAUAAUAGAAAUAAAUCAUUUAUUGAUUAUAUUUGUGAUAAUCAGGCAGAAACAUCAAAAAAUAAUAUGGUAUUUAUGGAUCUACAUGGAUAUAAUCGUGAUGAAUCUGUUAAUAUAAUAUGUUUGUGUAUUGCAUUAAUAUUAAAAUACAAGCUUGAUGUAAAUAUAUCUGAAUAUAUCAAUAAUAAUAAUAAUGGGUAUAAUAAAGUUGAAAAUAAGGAAUUGAAAGUUCAAUGUGAAAUUUGCAAAUCAAUGUCACACAGAAAUUUAAUAAUGUCAUCUGAUUUAUUCAGAAACUACUCUUUCAUUGACUUAUACAUUUGUGUAGGAAUGGGUAAUCAUAUAAAUAAUCGUCCUAAGUUAGCAAGUUUAGUUAGACGUAUAUCUUCAGCUUUACAUCUACCAUGGAGAUUUGCUACUAAAGGUGUAGUUAUCUUACGUAUAUUAAAGCACUUUUCUUGGUUUGAUAUUAUAAAAACUUGUGUUUAA